CAGGCGGCGGAGUUGGCGCGCGGGGGCCGGAGAGCCAGGCGCUGCUCGCCCCGAUCGCCUCGCCCGCCCGCCCGCCUCCGAGGGCCGCCGCCGCCGCCGCCGCCGCCAUGCCCGCGCUGAGUGAAAAUAUGCUUUUUGGAAUGGGAAAUCCUCUCCUUGAUAUUUGUGCAGUUGUGGACAAGGACUUCCUUGACAAAUAUGGCCUGAAGCCGAAUGACCAAAUCUUGGCAGAAGAGAAACAUAAAGAGUUAUUUGAAGAACUUGUGAAAAAAUUCAAAGUAGAAUAUCAUGCUGGUGGAUCGACUCAGAAUUCUGUUAAAGUGGCUCAGUGGAUGAUCCAGAGCCCUUAUAAAGUGGCAACAUUUUUCGGGUGCAUCGGAACAGACAAAUUUGGUGAGAUCCUAAAGAAGAAAACUGAAGAAGCCCACGUGGACGCUCAUUACUACGAACAGAGUGAAGAGCCAACGGGGACCUGUGCCGCCUGCAUCACAAGUGACAACAGGUCUCUUGUUGCUAACCUGGCUGCUGCUAAUUGUUAUAAGAAAGAAAAGCACCUUGACCUGGAAAAGAACUGGAAGUUGGUGGAAAAGGCUAAAGUUUAUUACAUUGCGGGUUUCUUUUUGACUGUGUCACCUGAAUCCAUUCUAAAAGUGGCCUCUCAGGCUUCGGCAAAUAACAAGAUCUUCAGUUUGAAUCUGUCUGCACCGUUUAUCAGCCAGUUCUACAAGGAACCAAUGAUGAAAGUUAUGCCAUACGUAGACAUCCUCUUUGGGAACGAGAUGGUAGAGUCAGAUUUGAAGCACAGUGAAUUCUCAAGAGGGGGGAAUCUGUGUGUGACAGAAAAUCAAACCUGA